ACCAUUUUGUGACUGUAGUGGAAAAGAAGACCGAUAGUUUUUUAUAUCCCUCUUUGAGUUUCUGUGGGGGAAAGACAUGUUUUGCGGAGGAAAAGUAAAGUGUGAGCCCGGACCGCACAGUCGUCAAAGCCGACAGCCAGGGGAUGUUACCGAGACCAAUGCGAGCCUCCUCAUCAGCAAAUAAAUCUUUCUCUGGCGUGGGGAAAAGCUCUGUUGGGCCUGCAGAAUAGAGGACAGAAGGACAGCAGAGAAGAAAAAGCAGAGAAAGACAAAAAACGGAGUGCCUUAGAAGUGAAAAAAGAGGAGCGCCACAAAAUCUGCAGCACUUUGUGAACAGUGAAGAAAAGAUGAGACCAUUAAAGAAACACAAAGGCCGUUCUCCCCCGUUAACUAGAGGCAGAGGGGGGAGAAGGAGAGGGGGCUCCCAGCCCCUCCAACAGAAAGACCCCAAAAGAGUCAAGAAGGAGACACUCAUCAAAACCACACAGCACACACCCAGCAUUCCUUCCACACGUAAACAGACCCCAUCCACAGCUACCAACUCUAAUGAAGAAUCCAUCACAAACAGCAAUACCCCCACGAGUGAACAGUCUGCCGAGCUGAGGAAACCUGUGGAGUCAGUUGAGAAAGAUGGAAAGAAGGAAGAAGAAAAGACAGAAAAGGAGAAGAUAAUGAUAGUGGGGACGAAUGUAGUAGUUAGUGCCACUGAUACUGUAGCAAUUCCUACCUCUGCCCCAGGACCGCUCUCCACAGCCACACCCCCUCUGGCCACCAAUCACAGCCCCAGCUUAGGCUCAGUCUCUAGUAGGAAAACAGCCACAUUUAAGGCCCGUGUACCCAAGAAAAAGUACACUUAUGAGCACUUUGCUAACAAUGCAAGUGCCCUGAUUACCAUGCCUACCUCCAACUCUGCACUCAUACAAAACAGUUACUGCAAUAUUAAAAGUAAAAUCAGUGAAAGUGUAAAUAUGCCCAAUAAUAAUUUCAAGAGUAGUAACAAUAUUAGUAAUAGCAUUAAUAAAAGCAUUAAUCUAAGCAUCAAUAGUGGUAACAAUAACAUCACAAGUGGUAUUAACAACCCAACUAACAGUAGUAACAGUAGUGCUGGGAGCCAUAGUUCUUUUAUCAAUAGCAGUAAUAGUAGAAGUAAUAAUUGCUCAGGUAAUCAGCCAUCAGUGCUUACUGUGGAUAGUAAAGCUACAGAAGCAAACAAUUUUGUUUCUACAGAGGAUAGGGCCCUCAGGACAGCAGAUUCCCAGGAAAAAGAUUCCCAAUCUGGGGAAAAUGAAUCAGAGUUGGCCCCUAACUCAGUGCGCUCCUCGUCCACUGAUACAGCUAGUGAGCACUCAGCUGACCUGGAUGUGAUGGAGGCAACAGGGCCGAGCCUUCAUCAAAAGAACUCCCACAUCACAGCUUCCCUCCAUAACUUGCAUCCUAAAGAGGCCAGUCUGUCAGAGGGGCUGGCUGAAGCCCUGGCCAAAGGCAUGAAAAACCAGAGAGUUCUUGCUCGUCAGAUAAAGAGGACCAUAGAGAGUGGGGUUGGGGCUACAGGGGUCAGAAGGGUUAAGGAGACAAACUCAUGCCCUUUCUCACCUGUGUUCAGACCAGGGGUGGUGCGUAGGGUGAGUGGAGGUACUGUUGACGUCCAGCUCCAUGGAGAGGAGACCCUUGUUAAAUACCCUUUCCAUGGUGGAACCGUGAUGACAUCGUCAUUAGGGACUGAGAGCACUGUGGAGUUCAUUUUGGAUGCCCCCCCACCUGGCAUGGCACCUGUGGCUGUUGGGACCCGAGUGUGUGUGCCCUAUGGUGGAGAAGAGGGAGGGCCUCUGCUGUACAGAGAGGGGAUUGUCACUCAAGUGGACCCCCACCCCGGUGUCUCUUUUCCUUACCAGGUUCUGCUGAGUGAAGACAGGAAGACUCUGGACGAUGGAGGGGUGGGGGAAGAGAAAGAGAAAAGGAAAGCUAAUGCUCAUGCAGUGUGGGUGUCCCGACAAAGUCUGAGACUUCUCACCCCUCCUUGGGAGGUCUCACAUUUGGAUGGUGGGAGGGCCAAGGAGAGAGAGCGGGAGAGGGAAAGGGAGGAGAGAGAGCGGAGGGAGGAGAUGGAGGUAGAAAGGGAAGUGUGCCAGUUGAGUAUUGGAAUGGGGGUGCUCGGAGGGGGAGCAAGGUUGAGCCAUGGUUUUUCGAGUGAAGGAGUCAAAGUAGGGAUUCCCUAUGGAAACGUACAUCCACCACCCCAUUCUAGUGUAGCUGACAGCACAGUUCGUGGCUGUGGAGAGAACUACUCUGACGGAGAGAGACAGAAACAGCCAAACACUCCAGAAGAGGACGUUGAGGUAUCUCGUUUUAACAUGAGCAUCACUGCUGGUCCUAAACCAAAUGCUGGAACCUCUCAGCACAGAAACAUCAUCUCCAAGUCCAGUGGCUACCCUCCCUCCUCCCCCCACCUCUCUGUGGUGCGGGGUCUGGGACCCCCGCACCUCUCCACCCUAGCUAGUCCUCUACCACCCCCUUCCCCUGCCUCAUUGGGGUCUGAAAUAAACAACGCCACUCCAAACCUACCUCCGUCAAAGACCGUUCCCACUCAGACCCCUACUCCUACUUCUGGUGGGGGGUCCUCCUCUACCUCCUCUCGCUCCAGGACUCCCCUUUCAUUAGCUCAGCAGAAAUACAAGAAGGGCGAUGUGGUGUGCACCCCUAAUGGUAUCCGUAAGAAGUUCAAUGGUAAGCAGUGGAGGAGGCUGUGCUCCAGGGAGGGCUGUAUGAAGGAGUCUCAGCGUCGAGGAUACUGCUCUAGACACUUGUCCCUGAGGACCAAAGAGAUGGAGGCAGCAGGGGGAGAGAGGGGAGGAGGAGGCAGCAGCUCAGGGACAGUCACCCCCUCUGACCUGCGGGGCAGAGCAAGUAGUGAGUUUGAGUGGGAUGACACAUCAAGAGAGAGCAGCGAAACGAGUAGCAGAGGAGACUCCAGACCCCGCUUGGUCCUCCCCUCCCUCCUCCCCCAUGACCUGUCGUCACGCUUUGACUUUGAUGAGUGUGAGGCCGCCACUAUGCUUGUAUCAUUGGGGAGCUCCCGCUCUGGCACCCCUUCCUUUUCUCCCAUCUCCAACCAGUCGCCCUUCUCCCCUGCCCCCUCUCCCUCUCCUUCCCCACUUUUUGGCUUCAGGCCAGCCAACUUCUCCCCGAUUACUGCCUCCCCUGUCCUGCAACACCGGAGGCACAGGCAACCCAGCGGGACGGGGGGAGGAGGGACAGUGGGCAGCAAGGUAACAACCUCAGCUGGAGGAGGAGAAAGGGAGAGACACACUUCAGGCAUCCAGCCCUCAUUCCACAGCAACCUGACCUUUACAGUCCCCAUGAGCCCGAGCAAACGAAAGCCUGAUGCGCCUCCCCCACCGCCACUCCCCUCACACCACCAUGAUUACACUCCCAAGACAGAGCUGGAGCAGGGGGACCUCAACAACUCUUUCAGGGUGCUGUCACCCCACAACCCAGCUUCACAUUCCCGCACACACACACCUACCUUCUCCCGACCCAGAGGAGUGACCACCCCUUCCUCCAGUAGGCCACCGUCCUCCACUGCCGUCUCCCCUCCUCCUCUUCUGGUGUCUCCAACUCCUCCUUCUCCUCUCACUCCAGACGGAGGGCCUCGUCGUGUGGUCCCUGUAUCCCAUCAGACCUUGCGGGACUCCCCUGUCAUUGUGAGGAAUCCCGAAGUCCCACUGGCAAAAUUUACAGAGUGUCCCUUGGGAAGAGGAGGAGGAGGAGGUGGUGGAAAUGAGGGAGGGACAGAUAACACCACAUCUAAAGACACUGGCCUAACACCUCUUACCCCUCAGCCAGUUUCUGGCCUCCAGGUUCCCGUCCCCAUUAAUGCUGCUGCAGCCACAGUCCCCAAUGGCACCGUCCUCUUGCGGAGCCCAGCCCAAACUCUAGUGCUUGUGUCCCCAACACCUUCUUCCCUGUCCACCACUGUUACCCCUGCCACUCCCCUGCAAGCCCUGUCAGUUACCGUCAGCACAACAGUCACAGCUCCAGCUCCAAGUAGCACAGACAGCUCUGGGGAACGAGAGGAGAACAGGGGGACAGGGUUUGGGGGUGAGCUUCAGCAGCCAGUUCCCUGUCACCCUUCUCCCACCGCUCUGCUGCCCUUGAUCCUCCCAGCUGAAAGCCUUCAUCCCGUCCCACGUAAAGAUAUCAUCAUGGGACGUCCUGGCACAGUGUGGACCAAUGUAGAACCCCGGUCAGUUCCAGUCUUCCCCUGGCAUUCUUUGGUCCCUUUCCUGGCACCCACCCAAUCAGAUGCUUCUUCUCAGCCAGGAGAGGGCCAGCACCCAGUCAACCACCCUCAAGCAGCCAGUAUGAAGACAGAGUGUCAUGGGGUGGCAUCGCUGUCACAGGAGCCUGCAGAGGCACCUCCCACUGUAGAGAGAGGUCCCCUGUCCCGGCCUCCCCCCUCUUCUGAUGAGCCGCAUCCAGAGAAGGAGAAGGGAGAAGCAGAGAGGGAGAGGCCUGACAGUGAGACAGAGAGUGACGUGGAUGACCCCUUCCUCCCAGGAGUUGUACCUGAGCAGCCCAUCUCUACAUCCCCAGUAAAGAGGCGCACUCAGUCCCUCAGUGCGCUGCCCAAAGAUGGAGAUAAGAACAGCCCUGGAAAGAGGGAGAAGGACCACAUCCGGCGACCAAUGAAUGCAUUUAUGAUUUUCAGUAAGCGCCAUCGAGCAUUGGUGCACCAGCGGCACCCAAACCAGGACAACAGGACAGUGAGCAAGAUUCUUGGGGAAUGGUGGUAUGCUCUAGGACCUAAGGAGAAACAAAAGUACCAUGAUUUGGCCUUCCAGGUAAAAGAGGCCCACUUUAAGGCCCACCCGGACUGGAAGUGGUGCAACAAAGACAGGAAGAAGUCCAGCUCUGAAGGCCGUGGGGUACCCGGGGGCAAAGACAUCAGAGAAAGGAGCAUGUCUGAGUCCACAGAACCCCAUUCUGUGGAGUUGAAGGUGUCUGGUCCAGGUCUUGUUGGUGUGUCUGAAAGGGGUACAGGAGAAGGCCUUGUUGGCCAGCUAACCCGUCCUCGAGCCUUUUCUCAAAGUGCCAUGCACACCCUGGAGCGUAGUGACAGGGGUAAUACACAGGCCCUGGCAGAACUGGCACAGAUGUGUGGGGAUAGUGGCAGUCAGUUUUCUAGUCAUGCACCACCCCUGUCACAGUCCCAGCGGGGGGUCAGCGAGGACAUGACCAGUGAUGAGGAGCGCAUGGUCAUUUGUGAGGAGGAGGGAGAUGAUGAUGUCAUCGAGGACCCUUAUCCUAACAGUUCCAUAGACCUCAAGUGUAAGGAGCGAGUGACUGACAGCGAUAGUGAGAACGGUUCUGGAGACGAAAUUGAUCAGAAGAGAGUUUUUGCUCCAGUCAUUUGCUCCUCUGCAUUAUCAUCUUCCUCACACCAUACCCCUCAUGGCAGGAGUGUCUCACUGUCCUCUUACCCCACCAGCAAGCAUUAUGAUGAGGGGAGAUCAGGAGGGGGAGGGUAUUCAGACCACAAGAGAAAGGAAAGAGGAAAGGGAGAGGGUAAGGACACAUUUGGGGGGGAGGGGGGAGGAGGAGGAGGAGGAGUGCAGCAGUCUCUUUCUCUCUCUUUAGGCCAGUCAGUCAUCUCUACUUCUCCAGCAGGAGGGCCUCCGUCCUCAUCAGUAGGUUCACUGGGUGCGAACCCACUUCUGGGCAUUGGCGCUGUAAGGGUGGCUUCUACGGUGGUGACCAAUGUAAUGCGUCCUGUUAUCAGCACACCGCUCCCCAUCGCCAGCAAGCCCAGAGAGGGAGACACAUCAUCCAGCCCGCAUCCACCAGAAAGGAAGUCCCUGACUCCCCAUCAGCAGCCACAACUUCUAAUUGGUUCAGGAUCAGGAGGUGGGGCUGCUGCCACAGGGGGUGGGUACUACUCUUCAUCUUCACCUAAUCCUGUAGGUGUGGGCCCAGGUGGUGUAGUGACUAAUUUGGUGUUAGGAGGGGCUCUGUCUGCUCAACCUGCUGUACAGCUCAUCACUCCCUCCCACCAGACUCAGCCCUCCCAGCAUCAGGUGCUUCCCUCUGCCGCUGUUUCAGUACCACAUAGCCAAACCAAUGGGCCCCUGCCUCUGCCCCUGCUUCAGCCCCAGUUCCUUCCCGCCUCUUCCCUAGCAGCCCCCGGGGGUAAGGCCAUCACACAAGUUCAGUACAUCCUGCCCACCCUACCCGCCAACACCCACCCCAAGAGUCCACCUCAGCAACUCAGCCAGCCAACCAGUAUCUUCAACUUGCCUACAGCUACACCCACACAUGUGUCCCUGGCAAAUGGAAAGCAGCAGGGUACAGGUUCACUGACAGGCUAUACGUCUAGCUCAGCGGUGGGAGUGGUCAGCCCGGGAACUAGAGUGCAAACACAGUCUCCAGUGCUGCAGGGUAAAAUGCUUGUUCCCAUGGCAACUGUACGGACUGCGCCAGCCCCUACCCAGCAGUUUCCCAUUGUGGCUCCACCUCUUCCUGUCCAGAACGGAGCUCAGACCGGAAGCAAGAUCAUCCAGAUUGCUCCCAUGCCUGUGGUCCAGUCCCAGCUGCCUCAGGGUGGAGCAGUCCACCCUUCCAGCCCCUUCCCUGUAACAGUGGGCACAGCAGCAGUGGUGGCUCCAGGAUCAGUCCCCUCCCAGGCUGUACUACUGCCACCAGCACCUACCAGGAUCACCUAUGUCCAGUCCACUCCAGGGGUCCCAUCCACUCUGCCUCUGGUCUCCACGACAUCAGGCUCUUCCACCACCCAGCAAGGCCUGCCAGUGGCUGGAUCUGCAUAUGUUCCCUCGCCCCUGGCAACACUCGGGUUCACAGCCAUCGCACCACCUGCACAGGCUCUGGUUCAGCCUCUGAUUGCAGGUCAGCCACCAAUCUUAGCCACUGCUCAGUCUCCAUCGCCCUCAGCCCCUGCCUCAGGGUCUGGGGGACAGAUAGUCACCGCCAUAUACCCUCCUUCAACUAGCGUCACCAUGGCAACAGGGGUGGUCUCCAUGACGGCAGUGCCCCCCAGCUUGGUCUAUUCUGUCUCCAGCCCUUCCAGCGCCUCCCCCCACAUCCUCUCCAAACACACAGCAACCGCCACUGCAAUCACGCACCCACAUCCUCAGCUCCAUCCGGACAGACAGGCAGACAGGCACCUGCCUCCUGACAGACCUGCCGAUCGACAAACUGACAGACAGGCCGAGAGGCAGACAGAGCUGCUGACGCAUUCGGACAGGCAGCUGGAGAGGCAGACGCAGACCUCCAGCAGUAGUGGCUCAGUGGCACCUCCCAGUGGCGCAGCUGUGUCCAUAAGGCCCUGCAGUCCUCCACUUCAGAUCCAAACACCUGGUGGCACACCCAAACUAACCCAGCUUCCACUCAGGACGCCUCAGAAGGUGAAGGCAACGGUGGCGAACAUCCCCGUGGGCAGCUAUGAAGGAGGAGGCCGAGGAAAAGAGAGAGAAAGGGAGAAGGACAGGGAGCGGGAGAGGGAAAAGGAGAGGGAGAGAGAGAGAGAAGCUGCAGCCACUAGUCAUUUCUCCUUUGAUCCCGAGUCUCCUUCAACACAUCCUGCUGAAGAGCCGCCAUCCACUGACAGACCCCUGGAGGGCUCCAGUGCGACGGACUCCUCUGACACGCGAAACAGGGAAAGCACAACCACCAAAGAGGCUGGAUGGAAGGAGUCCCUCCCCUCCUCUCCUCUCCCCCCUCCAUCAGCCACAGAACCCGCCCUGCCUCCGCCACAGACUGACAAAGAUGGUCCUACACCCAAAAAGGUCAAAGCCCGCCCACCACCACUUAAGAAGACGUUUGACUCUGUGGACAAGUCUGGCAGGGUGCUGUCAGAGGUGUAUUUUGAGGAGCGCUUUGCCGAGCUGCCAGAGUUUCGGCCUGAGGAGGUUUUGCCUUCACCCACCCUGCAGAGUCUGGCCACUUCACCCCGCGCCAUUCUGGGCAGCUAUCGGCGCAAGAGGAAGAACUCUACAGAUUUGGACUCCGCCACUGACGAUCAAGUCUCUCCUAAGAGAAAGAGUCGUCGGCGCUCAAGCUGUAGCUCAGAGCCCAACACUCCUAAAAGUGCCGCCAAGUGUGAGGGAGACAUCUUUACCUUUGACAGAGCAGCCACAGACGGAGAAGACAUCCUGACAGAAAUGGAGUUUGAUAAGGUGCCAUACUCCUCCCUGCGAAGAACACUGGACCAGAGGCGAGCAUUGGUCAUGCAGCUAUUCCAGGAGCAGGGCUUCUUUCCGUCAGCUCAGGCCACUGCAGCCUUCCAGACAAGAUACUCCGAUAUAUUUCCCACCAAGUUGUGUCUGCAGCUGAAGAUCAGGGAGGUCCGGCAGAAGAUUAUGCAGACGGCCACCCCGUCUGAUGCCUCUGGUUUAGGCAUACCUGACUCAAGUGGUCCCCUCCCUGGACCUUCUGGCUCCCAGUCGGGGGACGGAUCUGUGAGAGGAUGCGGGGACCUGCAGGAUGAAGAAGAGGAGCAGGGGGCAGAGGCGAGCCCAGAGGAUCCUCGUGAUUCACAGGACUCUUCUAGAUGAGGAAUGCUGACAAGUGAGAUUGACCAAUCAGUGACGUCACACCUUUCCAACCCCUACAUGCUUUCACACUGUUUUUAAAAUCAACACUCUCAUCUCUCCUCUGGUCAGAUUUUUUUCCCCUCAGCAGCCAACCUAUGAGUGACAGACGUUUAUAUGCAAUGUUGGGCCUUUUUUUUGUAUUGUGUGACCCUUGUACCAAAAAAAAGACCAGUGGCACAAAAACUAUCACCUAAACCCCCCCAAUGCACAAACACACACCCAAUUAGCACUCUGCAUUAAACCACCUUUGAGAAAUCGAUGCCAGUGAGAGACAGACCAUUGUGUACAGCUGCAUUCAUUUGUCUUGAAGAAGAAAGGGUUCUUGUUGAGGACGAAGAGACCUGCUUAACCCAUUCUGAGAUGGCGAAAUUCAGCAGUUGUGAGGACAUUAUGUUUUGAUAUUUGUUUUUAAUUGGGUUAGAGGAGUAAAAGCAGCACAUAUCUGCCGGAGGAACAGGCUGCAUGUAGACUUAACCGUUGUAAGCUUGUGUCUUGUUUCUGCUAACGUUAGGGGGCUGGGCCCUCGACAGCCGGAAACGAUUUGAUUCAACAAGAGAACUCAUUGCUGCGGACCUGGAAAGAUCUUUUUCUUCAUUUUAUUGCUCACAUGUAGACCUUCAGUGGAGGUCUACCAGGAGUGACUGAAAAAUGAAACUGAAACGUUAAGUGGACUUCUGGCAGUGCCAUCAUUCCUGCAGUUACCUGUCUGGCCAAGUCCUCCCUUCUCGUGAUUGACCCUAGCACAUGCCAGUAGGUAGGAACCAAGCAUUCCUGUGCCUCGUUAGCCAUGAAGGAAGGAGGUGGGUCAGAGUCAACAGGCACAUCCUGGCUCUUAGUUCUAGAGGCUCAGGCUGAUGAGGCCUUAAUCCUCUGCUGCCAAGCAGUUUUAGUAACUUUUUAAUAGAUUUUUUGAUUUGUAUUUAACAUUGUCAUAUUCAGUUUGUUGUUGUACUAUUCCUAUGGAUAUUAUUAUUACUCUUCAUAUCAUUGCAGUGAAUCCCGGCCCUUAGUCAUGUUGUCAUUGCUGGCAGAUCAACGUCAUUUGUGCCAGCUGUCUUGUACUAGGCUUUUUUUUUUUUUUUUUUUUUUUUUUUAUAUAUAUAUACACACACACACACACACACACACACACGCAUAUUUGUAGGCAGGUGCUCUACACCUGUACAGUUCCUCCAUUGUAGUCUUCCCUUGACUGGCCUCUUCACCUCAGCAAGGACCUGCAGUGCAGUUAUUUUUAUUGUUAAUUUCAAAGAGGAAUACAAACACAACGUGGACCUUUCUAUUCUUUCAACAGUAAUAAGCCGUAUGUUUUUAGACCCUGUAUGCCUCUCUGUCCCUUGCGAAGUUUGAUUCUUUAGCCUCAACACUUAAUGCAUCUCCUUCCUCCACCUCUUUCCUUCCCUCCUUCCUCCCUUUGUCACUUUAUUGCUCUCUCCAGACCUCCUUUUUUAAGAGAGGGGGAGAGAAAACUGGGGGAAGUGAGGGGAGGGUGAUGAAUCAAAGAGAGCUGGUAGGAUCUAAUACUGGUUGUGUCUUUGUGCAAGACUUGGUUGUGUUGUAAAUAAUUACUGUAGAGUCAGAAGACUCAUUAUAUUAUUGAUAAGGAAAAAUCUGUCAUUGAAGAUAAGUUGACUUUUAAGACACCCAUUACCGAAGUAAAACAUGAAAUGGAAAAAACAAUAAUAAAUAUGGCUAUUAAUGUUUUUGUGUUAUGUUUCCUUGUUUGGCUAUUCCGGUAUAAAAGAGAGGAAUUUAUAUGAAUAACUUAAGUUUGUAUCUGUAUCUUUCAGUAUGCAAAAAAAAAAAAAUGUUCAAUUAAAGUGACUUUAUCGCUG